GAUACGUACAGAAGAUAACAGCUCGCAAGGACAUUGAAGUGAUGGUGGAUUUGGAUAAUGGAAAACCGCCAUGAGCUAAACAUAGUUAUUUCUUAUAAAUUUUUUUGUAUAUCGGGAAAUAUUUUACGAUUAGUUCGUAUAUAAGGAUCGGAGACGCCCAGUUUCUGCAACCUCGUAUUGACGGUUACCUGGACCGUUAUAUAAAAGUCUGAUUUUGGUUUUUGCUCUGAUCGCCUGAGAUGGAUAUGUCGAAUGUCAACUCCCUCGACUUCCAGUACAGCCUCUCAAAGCGGAAGUUUCUGUGCAAACCAUCUCGGAUAUUUUCCUUCCAAGACAGGAAAAACUCCGGCUUAGCACUUACUUUUGAGCCAAAUCACAAUGAGAUGAAGAAAGUCUUUGACAAGUUCGACUCCAACAAAGACGGGAAGAUAUCUCCGGCGGAGUACAAGGCCAUAUUGAGAGCACUGGGAAAGGGAAGUAAGGUUGGAGAAGUGCAGAAGAUUUUCAAGAUUGUUGAUCUGGAUCGGGAUGGCUUUAUCAAUUUCAAGGAGUUCUUGGAUGUACACAACGGAGGGAUUCGGACGAUAGACAUCCAGAACGCUUUUCAGAUGUUUGAUUUGAAUGGCGACGGAAAAAUAAGCGCAGAAGAAGUUAUGGAAGUGCUAACGGGAUUGGAGGAGAGUUGCAACCUUGACGACUGCCGGCGGAUAGUGAGAGCGGUAGACACUGAUGGGGAUGGUAUGGUUGACUUAAAUGAUUUCAUGACCAUGAUGACUAGUUCCAUGAGACGUGCAUAGAACAGUAGAGAUCCAAUUUGCAUUUGUGUUUGUGUGUGUUGAUGUAAAUCCAUGUGAAGACAAAUGCCUCUUUUCUUCGAGAUAAUCUGCUUUGUAACCAGCUGUAUGUGUCCUUAUGUUUAUCUCCCUGAUCACAUGCUCAAGACACAAGGGGAUAUACAACCAGAGAGAACUAAGAAUCUCUUCGAAACAAGGUUUAUUAACUUCAUCCAAAUUGGAAGCUGGCCAUCUA